AUGUGUAUAGAAACAAAACUACAACUUGUAUACCUUCAUCACGUGUCUGCUGUUUUUGGGGAGAGAAAGGAAACCAGUCCCACACCUGACCAUAAUUAGGCCUAAUGGAGAGCUCGUGUUGGCCAAUCUAUUUAAAUAGCUACACCUACCAGCCGUGCUUGGUUGAACAAAAUGGCAACAUAUGGUGACGACGAGCCAGUCGACAGCUAUUUCUAUUCAUACAACCCUUACAUGGGCAGAUACCCCAGGCCUAAAGACGCAGGGUGGAAAUAUAAAAGUUACCUGUCCCACUAUGGCGACACUUCGGAUGCUUUCAACAACCACCAGCGAGCCCAGCUGAAGUCCAUCUUAUCGCAAAUCAAUCCGAAGCUCACCCCGAGGCUCAGGAAGGCAAACACUAAAGAUGUGGCGGUGCAGGUCAACCCGAAGAGAGACGCCUCGGUGCAGUGCUCCAUCGGCCCGCGGACCCUCCUGGCCAUGAAGCGGGACUUCAGGCGCAAAAGGCGGCAGGAGCCUACGACGCCCGGCAGCAGUGGCAGCCCCAAGGCAGCGGGCGGUGUGCGUUACCCCCGCACCCUCGCGGUGUAUUCACCUAUAGCCUACAGAAGCGUCACCUCCUUUCUGGUCGAUGACAACAACAACAAUAAGGAAGCCUCCUGUGGUGAGGUGCAGAGCAGAGAGCCGCCUGGUGACCCGCCCGAGUACGCGGGGAAAAGCGACGAGAAGAGCGAAGAUAACAAAGCUGGUGAGGAUGGGAAGACCGCAAAGCUCCCAGACCAGCGCUCAAAACCCAAAUCCAAACAAGUGAAGAGUGAGGAUGCGCAGCCUGCUGCGGAGGGGGCAAACAGCAGGGCGCGUGUGCGGUUCCAGUUUCUGGAACAGAAGUAUGGAUAUUAUCACUGCAGAGAAUGCAGUCUGCGAUGGGAGAGUGCCUAUGUUUGGUGUGUUCAGGGCACCAACAAGGUUUACUUCAAACAGUACUGUAGGAAAUGCCAAAAGGAGUUCAACCCAUACCGUGUUGAGGACAUCACAUGCCACACUUGCAACAAAGCGCGCUGCUCCUGUGCAAUAACACAACGCCACGUUGACCCCAAACGGCCCCACAGACAGGACUUGUGUGGCAGAUGCAAAGGCAAGCGGCUCUCCUGUGACAGCACUUUCAGCUUCAAAUACAUCAUCUAGGAAGCAUCUCAACUGAACUUUGCAUCUCUGCAUCAAUUUGGCAUCUUGGUUGCAAAACAUAUUUGAUGUUUCAAAACUUAAUUUCAGGCUAUUUUGUGUUGAUGAAAUUAAUGGGUAAGCACCUAACACUUUACAAUGUAAUAAAUUAGCUACUGUGCACACUGUA